AUGGUGUUUUACCCCUACUUGUGCCUUUUAGUAUUAUACCUUCCAGGCGUCUUCUCGUCAUCUCUGUUGGACUUCUCCGCUGCUCGUGGGGAUAAUCCCUCUAUGCUUGGCAAUCGCAACCUCGAAGCAGCCCGCGGUGAUACCAGUUCUUCCAAUACUGAUGAUCUUUACAUCAAGCUUGGAGCAGACCCGAAGGGAGUCCCCUCGUUGCAUUACCAUCGGAUUGAAGGUGAUAUUCGGGCGGAAUACCACUCCCUGUCGCGCAAGAUGGCAUCGGAUCAGACAUACUAUAUUGGAUAUCAAUUUUCUCUUUCUGACAUCGAGGAAAGCUUGAUGGUCUGGCAAUUCAAGGAAUAUGCUGCCAACAAUGCUGCAGACGGCGGGGCUAAUAUUCCACUGGGCCUGGAGUUCAAAGGUGGUCAAAUCCACCUGCAAUACCAAUCGUCAUACUCCACGGGACGUGAGCACCAAUGGUCCCAGACUCUUAAGACAAAUACAGUGUACUCGUUCGGUAUAGUGAUCAACACAGCGAGUCCAGGAUGGGUCGAGUUAUACUUCGAUGGUAAGAUGCAGACUUUCUCUACAUCUGGAACCACUCGGUUGGCUGCAAACACUUUCCCUGGACGGACUGAACCGAAGUUCGGUAUCUAUCGGGGCGAGGUUGCGGGGAUUGAUAGUUACGUCUACCGAAUCCAGAUUGGGACGUCGUUGUCAGAUAUCAAGGAGGCCGCUGGAUUGAGUGGAUCAACCACUACCACCAAAACUACCCUGAAGAAAACAAGCAGCACCACAACCACAACAAACACAAGCUCCAAGCAAACAAGAACAAUCCAUAUAACUGCAACCACGACCAAGACCACGACUGCGUCGGCACCCACAUCUACUACAUGUGCCUGGGAGGGGCAUUGUGCAGGCACCACCUGCGUUGACGAUAACGAUUGUUCCGAUCCCUGGUACUGCGUAAAUGGAAUCUGCGGCAAUGACUUGACAGAGACGUGCGAAUAG